AUGUCUGCAUUGACACGGAUCACUGAGAUCGGUGCAGAAAUGGCUCAACUUGCAAGAGCAACAAGAAAAGCUCGGAAUCAACAAUUCACAAAGGCUCAGCGAAUUACAGGCUCAGAGAGCGACGUUGGCGAGACCGUGUUGAGUCAAGUGAAGCAGGUUGCUGCCGCUGCUGCUCCUACUCCACAACCGCGAUCAACACCCCGCUCUCGAGGAAGUCAUGCCAGCCGGCAGACACAUUUCGAGACUGGUCACGAGUCACCACAAUAUCAACCUCAGAUGUACCUGGCCAGUCAUAACCAAUUCCCAAGCACAAGCACGGCGCAAUUCCAAGAGUACUCUACUGGUAAUGCUAAUCAGACUCAAAUUGUUCAUCAGCAGGAGCAGGUUUGUGGUCGCCAGCAAAACCAACAGCGGACGUAUAGGGCUCAAACUGCAACUACCACUGUGUAUCAUCCACCGCCGCAACUGCCACCCGGCACUGUAUAUGUGCAGAACGUUCCACAAGCAGCGCAAGCCCAAUUCACAUCUUCUCAGCCAACAGUAGGAAGUGGUUCGGCAACAGCAUCAGAGGCGUUCGUUCGUGAUAGCGCGAUCAUUGCUGCUCUACGUGAUACGGAUUACGAAUCAGCUGAGAAACCAAAGCUGGCAAAUCCACCAUCGAAGCCUUCUAGCUCGAAAUCGAUCAUGCAGCAGUAUGAAUAUCACACGUUUGAUGAAAUUCCUCGAGUGGUAUCACCAUACAAGUCGCCGUCACCAUUCAAGUCUCCUGCGAGUAGUAUUCGGUCGGAAAAGAGUGAGGCUCGUAGUACUCCACUGCCACCUCCGCUCUCAAGUGUGGUUACUCGUAGGAGUACUCCUUUG